CUGCCGUCAUCCCAAACGGCGGAACUAACGGAAUAUCCCUCCCUCUUCUCUCUUUCUGCGUUUUCAAAGAACCUUCGAUCCCCAGCUCGAAUAUUCCCUCGCAUAAACCCCUCCAGCUCUCCCGCGUCCUUGGAAUAUCCCCUUCAAUCCUCCCCCCCUUUAAAACCCCAGCCCUCUCCCAAACUUUUUCAAUCCACAAAAAUCAGAAAUUUUUCCGAAAUUUUUUUUUUUUGCGAGCGAGGCUUCAAUGGCGCUGAAAGCUGUUCAUGUUUCUGAGGUUCCUAACCUCGACCACGUCCCCGAUCUCGCCGUCGCCGGAUCUCGAGGCGGCGGAGCGCUGAGGGGAUCUGCGUCGCCGGCGAAGUUACUGGUGAUCGGGCACAGGGGGAAGGGGAUGAAUCUGCUGUCGUCGCCGGAUCCGAGGAUGGCGGCGGUGAAGGAGAACUCCGUCGCCUCGUUCAACGAUGCGGGGAGGUUCGGCGUGGAUUUCGUCGAGUUUGAUGUUCAGGUGACCAAGGACAACUGUCCAAUCAUCUUCCACGACAACUUCAUCUUCACUGAAGAAAAUGGAAAAGUUUUGGACAGACGUGUAACUGAUUUGUGCUUGGAGGAAUUUCUUGCUUAUGGCCCUCAGAGAGAACCUGAAAGGGUGGGAAAACCAUUGCUACGAAAGCUUAAAGAUGGGAGAAUUUUAAACUGGAAUGUGGAAAUAGAUUCCCCUUUCUGCACAUUGGAAGAAGCAUUUCAAAAUGUUAGCUCUCACUUGGGUUUCAAUAUCGAGCUCAAGUUUGACGACAAUAUUGUCUACCAAGAAGAAGAGCUCACUCGUAUUCUUCAAGUCAUCUUGCAAGUGGUGUUUCAACAUGCUGGGGAUAGAGCUAUUAUUUUCUCGAGUUUUCAGCCUGAUGCAGCUCGAUUGAUGAGGAAGUUGCAAAAUGAAUUCCCUGUGUACUUUCUGACCAACGGAGGAACUGAAAUCUACACCGACGCAAGAAGAAACUCUUUAGAGGAAGCAAUCAAGCAUUGCUUAACAAAUAACUUACAAGGGGUCGUAUCAGAAUCAAGAGCCAUCUUCAGAAAUCCGUCGGCAAUACCAAAAAUCAAAGAAUCCAAUCUUGUUCUUCUGACUUAUGGCCAACUAAACAAUGUACCCGAAGCAGUAUACAUGCAGCAUUUGAUGGGGAUCAACGGUGUAAUUGUCGAUUUGGUUGAGAAAAUUACGGAGGCCGUUUCAGAUUUUAUGGAUGUAGAUGGGGGGGAGGAGAAAUUUGGGAGUUUAGUACGGGAGGGGAUUGAGGAGAAGAGGCCUAGAUUUUCACAGAGAGAGCUUUCUUUUUUGUUGAAGCUCAUUCCUGAGUUAGCAUGAUUUGUGUGCUAAUAAAAAGUGUUAUGUUGAAUACGUCUAUAAUAUAAUCAAUGGAAUAGUUACUGACAAUGGUUUGAAAGUUAUGUUGUAAUCUUCAAUUUGUCGGACUUA